CAUUUUGGGAAAAGCCUGAUUCGUCUUGUCCUCGAUUCAUUCGAGGUCGUGGGUCCUCACGGCAAACACAUUUGCUUGGUAUACCGGCCAUUGGGCAUGAACUUCACGGAGUUCCAGAACUCCCUACCGGACGAAGUGUUUCCACAAACCCUUGCCCAGAGAAGUAUUCAACUUCUCUUAAUAUCUUUGGCUUUUAUGCACGAGAACAACACUAUUCACACCGACAUAUCCUCCAAUAACAUACUCCAAGGCAUUGAGGAUGAUACUAUCCUAUCUCAAAUUGAGGAAGACGAGAUGAACAGACCAAUCGCUAGGAAGAUUCUAAGCGACCGUGCUAUCUAUUAUUCGCGGCCGUUGCCUGUUUGUGGGGGCCUACCGGUGCUUGCCGACCUUGGUGAAGCUAGAGUUGGGGCACAAAAGCACAGAGGUGACAUCAUGCCUGGGAUUUAUAGGGCACCAGAGGUGAUCCUGGGGAUGGAUUGGGACUGCAGGGUUGACAUUUGGUCAAUUAGCACCAUGGCGUGGGAUUUAGUGGAAGGCAGUCAUCUUUUCUUUGCAAAACGCAACAGAAUUCUCGAUGAUGACCAGCAUUUAGCAGAAAUGGUGUCUCUCAUGGGACCACCUCCGCCAGAAUUCAUCAGAGAAAGUGAGAAUUGCAAUCGAUGGUGGGAUGAGCAUGGACAUUGGAGAGGUCAUACACCCAUACCAGAACAGUCAUUCGAAAUGAGAGCGCGACGACUUUCUGGUGAAGACCGAACGCUCUUUCUACAGUUCUUGCGCAGAAUAUUCCGUUGGCGACCCGAUGAGCGGCCAACUGCGGAGGAACUCGCAUAUGACGAUUUCCUGAUGCAACCGAUGACAGCAACAACAUUAGAAGCUCGGGGAGCUUGA